AUGCAACAUAAUGGUAAUGGGGAGGAGAGGCAGUCGGCGAACCAAUCCGAAUCUCAGCUCCAGGGGACGACUGGUUUCAGCGGACCACACAUCCCAGGCAAUGACACCCUAAGCAGUCCCACACUCUUCCAACUGCCCGCUCAUUCCCAACUGGAGUUCAAACGCAACGCAGUCACAGAGGACUACAAAAUAACAACUCAAGUACUAGGACUGGGUAUGAACGGGAAAGUGCUGGAAUGCUACUGCAAGAAGACAGGGGAUAAAUGUGCGCUCAAGGUGUGUGUGUGUGUGUGAUAGAGAGAGAGAGAGAGAGAGAGAGAGAGAGAGAGAGAGAGAGAGAGAGAGAGAGAGAGACCAUCGGUCAUCAGACCCAAGUGGCACCAAGUAUUUUAGGUCUUGCUUGCUUUCUUUCCUUACAUACUGAUGUAAAUGACAGGGCACUUGAGGAUAUCUUUGCAGUGCUGAUGGUAAGGGGUAGAAUAGUAAUCAAUUAUUCACUAUUCCUCCAUCUCAGACAGUCUCCAGCUCAGUCUCUUGCAUAUUUCUUAAUUGUUUGAUAGUACCAAUGGAACCACUCCUUUAUUUGGAAUCACAUCCUUUGUCUGAUUUCGGUUGGGGUUGUAUGAAGGACAUACGCCCACCUUGGAUAUAAUGCUAAAAACAUACGCUUGCCAGUCACAUCCUCAAUAAUUUACAUACAUGGGCGUCGGUGUACAUGCUUGCAGUAUACCAUGUCUGAUGUGCAGAAGUUGACAUUUGUGCAGGGAAGUUACUGUCACCUGAGUCUCGCCUACUUCCUGCCUCUGAUAUAUUUACUGUAUCAACAAACAAGGCGAAGUGUACAGAGUCUUUCUAAACCUGCAAAGUCAGUUAGUUAGCAUGUCCACCAGUCACCAGGAGUUUUCUUAAAAAACUGGAAAAAGUGCAACCACAAAAAACAAGAACUGAAACCCCAUGAGCCUCUUGGUAUGUUUUCAUUGGAUCAGUCUCAAUCUCCAAAAUAGUUCCAAUUUUUUUUUUUCCAGGGACACCAAAGAUAGAUGGAUGAAAUGUGAUGAUGAGGAGGAUCAGUUAUACUGGCGCAUGUGAAUACAUGCUUAUGUUCUGUUCUGUCAGUGUUUGUGUUAUGGACAAUGUUUAGGCUGAGUAUUAGGUUCCUCCUCUAUAAACAGUUUAAUCUCAACCUGCCCUCUCCUUCCUGUCCCACAAUGCACUGGUUCCUGUCAUAGACAGAGGAGAGGCUAGUUUCUCUGACUGUGGUGUCUGGGGAUAUGGGAUCCCUUCCAACCUUACAUCCAAUCCCUUUGCAAGGUUGUUAUUAUCGGUACAUUUUGAAUGCACUCAAAGUUCUGCAUGGAAUCCUCCUGCCAAGUAAAUUACAGUUUUUAUCAAUUACUUUGGUGCAAUUUUAACAAGUAUGUCUUACAUAUUCAAAACUCUAAGCACAAAAAUCUAAACAGAUCAUCAAAAUGGCUCAUGUUUCAAAAUUCAAAGCACAUUUCCAAUAUACUGAGUACAACAAAUACCCAUGGGACCUAUGAUUUCUUAAUCCGGCCCUGUAUGUGCUACCAUUUGGAAUUAUACUGUAGUGUAGUGUACAAUGCACUACUGAAAUACCUGGGUUGUACUGUAUAUAACAAUAUAUUCCACUCAUGAUCUGAAUUUCAAUUAUACACUGUAAGCUGAUAGAUUUCAAGCAGAGAGACAGGCGAUACUGUAUCAGUUGACAAGUCACGUAGAAAAGGUGAUCUUGUACAAUGUUGAAUGGGGCAGAAAUGGAAUACAACACCGUGCUCCUUUUUUACAAUAGCCAACUGCUUUAAAAUACCUCUAUUUCUUACAAUUUGUCCUACAUAUGUACUCUCUAAGGAUAAUGAAACUGUAAGAAUGACAUACUUCUCAACAUUACCCACAACCUGCCAUUGGAUACACAUUAUAAAAAGAAUUGUGCUUGUCAAGUUACAUUAUUAUCAAAUGAAAAAUGAUAUUUACCAUCUACUAUUCUUUCUAUUCAGCACUACGAAAAGAACAGUUUUGAAAUGUGUAUAUUACAUUUUUUGCUAUUGGAAUAAAGGGUAGUUAAAAAUGACUAAAUGGUAAGCCUGAUCUGAUGUAUUGGUAAACAAAAUGUUCUCAUGAUAUUUUAUGGAAAACUUAGAUUUUGCAUGACUGACUCAGGGACGAAAGAUGUGUGAAACCCCAAUGAAUGCAAAAUCAAAGGUUCUGAACAUAAAAUAAGCGGCAUUACAAGUGUUAUCAGUUUAGAGUUUUGUACUUAGAGUUUAGAAAAUAUACCACUUACAUCUGAAAAAUUUGCCAAAUUGAUUGAACAAAAACUGUAAUAUGAAUGAAUGGUCCGGAUUGUAUUUCGGAUGAUGGAAUCACUGAUGUGAGAGUAUGGAGAGACUGUGUACGGGUGUGUGUGUGUAAGAGUGAGAGAGAGCAAGAGUGAAAGAGUGAGAGAAAGAGAGGUGAGAGAGCGAGAGAGAGAGAGAGCUGUGGGACUAAGAUUGGUCACAGGGCUUUUAACCUGAUUGAAGCUGUUAUUAUGCCCUUGAUCAAUUCCUCCAAGACCUGUGAGUGGCUAUAGACAACAUGGACACAUGCACACAAAAACACACUCACAGCACAUACAUGUUGUAUAGAUACACACUCACGUUCCAAUACAGAUACAUGCUGCACCCAUCAUCAUAACUUGUCAUUGUAAAUACUGUAUGCUUCUGAAACCUGCACAUUAUUCUCUCCCCUUCUUUCUCUGUGUUUCUAUCCCCACCUUCCUCUGUGGGGGCAGAUUCUGUAUGAUAGUCCUAAGGCGCGGCGGGAGGUGGAGCUUCAUUGGAGAGUGUCGGGGGGUCCAUACAUCGUUCGCAUCCUCAGCCUGUAUGAGAACAUGCACCAGGGGAAGAAAUGCCUGGUUAUCAUCAUGGAGUGGUAAGGACCACACAGACUACAUAAACCAGAAUGCAUUGUGUAUGAUGCAUGUCUUCUCUCUUAGCUUAUCUAGCAUGUCUCUAGACUUUAAAAACAUUGCUAAUGAGUAGGGCCAGGAGUUUUUCCUGGUCAGGUCGCGUGGUCAGAAAAAAACUCCUGGCCCUAAUGAAAGUCUACACAAACAUCAAAUUAUGUUCCCGCUCUCCUCCUUGGUCAUUGUGUUUGGGCUCUGUAGAUUGGGCUCAGUAAUUAACUAGUAACUACUAAGGGACAAUGCUUGCCUUGUUUAGUGGAAUAGCUUUGUUGUCUUGUUGAGAAGCUCUGAUCUGUGUCUCUUGUUUUUCUUCCUGUCUCAGUAUGGAGGGAGGGGAGCUAUUCAGUCGCAUUCAGGCCAGAGGGGACCAGGCGUUCACAGAGAGAGGUGAGUUAUGACGGGGAACUGUGUUGUGUCAUUUACAGUGCUCUGUGAUUUACGGUGCCCCGUAUGCUCUAUGUUAAUCAGAUUUAUGUCAUGGCUUUUAAUCAGAGGCUUCAGAGAUCAUGAGGGACAUAGGCGUGGCAAUCGAGUACCUCCACCACAAGGACAUAGCUCACAGAGAUGUCAAGGUGGGACUAUACUCCUAGACACACAUCACUCACAGACAUGUACACUCCUGUAUCUCUUUCAUCUGACACUCGCUGACAGAUGUCUUUACCGCUGGUGGUUUUAGUGAUGAUGUACUUAUUGCUUUCGUCUUUUUUACACCCCCCUCCACACACACACACAAACACACAACAGCCUGAAAAUCUGCUCUACACCACCAAGGAGAGCAAUGGUGUGCUGAAACUGACUGACUUUGGCUUUGCCAAGGAGACCACCCUCCACAACUCCCUCCAGACACCCUGUUACACCCCUUACUAUGUUGGUGAGUGGUUGGGUCUGUUACACAAGUAGUGGUAUAGUAUACUAUUUAGAUGUGACUAUAGGCUAUAACGUUUUAUGGUUUACUUUUCCCCACAUAUUGUCCCUGUCUCUGCCUGUCUGUCUGCCUGACUAGUUGUCUCUUGGUCUCUAUUUAUGUCUGUGUGUCUGUCUGUCCAUCAGCCCCCGAGGUGCUCGGUCCAGAGAAGUAUGACAAGUCAUGUGACAUGUGGUCUCUGGGCGUGAUCAUGUACAUCCUGUGAGUACCUAGUGUGUCUUUGUGCUAUAAGUGUGUAUGUGAGAAUCAAGUCACAGGCUUCUUAUUCACUCUCACUCUGCCUACUGUUCCCUCCUGGGCCUCAUUCCUACUCUCCCUUUUCUGCACUUCCUGGUUCUCCUCUCCCUCUCUUUCAACACUCGGCUCCUCAUGGUCCACCACUUGCUUUCUGAAUGAAUGAAUGAAUGACUGUUAAAUGACUGUUAAAUUGCUGUUGAAUGAGUGUCCAGUUGUAGUGCAUACAGUAGCUGUAGUUGCUCUAUACUCAUGGUAAAGUAUAUAGAGUAUCCCCAGGCUGUGUGGGUUCCCUCCGUUCAACUCUAACACGGGCCAGGCCAUCUCCCCAGGGAUGAAGCAGAGGAUCAGGAUGGGCCAGUACAACUUCCCUAACCCUGAGUGGGCUGAAGUGUCGGAGGAAGGUCAGACUAGAGACAAUUGAAUACUGUGGGUUUGAAUGGCCUAUACUAGAGGUAGAGGCUUCACUGCAAUACAAACUAUGUUCUGCUAAUUUCAAAAUAUUUUGGACGGAUUCGUCUACGGUUGUGAUUUGUAGGUCCUUUGACAAACAUCUUGUCUAGUUUACCUGAUGUUCAUGUUUUAUUUGAUAUGCUUGUUGACCUUUGACCAUACCCUCUGUAGCCAAACAGCUGAUCAACCAGCUGCUGAAGACAGACCCAAACGAGAGGAUGACCAUCGGGCAGUUCAUGAACCACCCUUGGAUCAAUGUGAGUAUUACUACUGCAUGUCUGAGAACACUGUCUGAGUGCGUUGGAUAAUAUGAGACUCUCAUUCACACUGUGUGUGUGUGUGUGUUUGUUGACAUUACAGCAGUCGAUGGUGGUUCCUCCGACUCCUCUGCACACAUCCCGUGUUCUGACAGAGGACAGAGAUCUGUGGGACAAUGUCAAGGUGAGACUAGAGAGCUGUAAAACACUGACACUGUGGUAUGAAAAAAUGAACCACUAGAUGGUGCUAAAACAGUAGAUUUGUAAGAUCCAUACUGCAACUAUCUACAGUGCCUUUAGAAAAUUCUCAAACCCCUUGACAUAUUCCAAAUGUAAUUCAUUUUGUUGUGUUACUGCCUGAAUUCAAAAUUGAUUCAAUACCCCAUAAUGACAAAGUGAAAACAUGUUUUUAGAAACAUUUGGCAAAUAUAUUGAAAAUGAAAUACAGAAAUACCUAAUUUACAUAGGUAUUCACACAUCUUUUCUAUGACACUCAAAAUUGAGCUCAGGUGCAUCCAAUUUCCUUUGAUCAUCCUUGAGAUGUCGCUACAACUUGAUUGGAGUCCACCUGUGGCCAAUUGUUUGGACAUGAUUUAGAAAGAAACCCAUCUGUCUAUAUAAGGUCCCACAGAAACUAUAUUAUGAAGUCCAAGGAACUGUCUGUAGAUCUCCGAGAUAUAAUUGUGAUGAGGCAUAUAUCUGGGGAAGGGUAUAAAACAAUUUCUAGAGUGUUGAAUGUUUCUGGUCUCCAUCAUUGGGAAAUAGAAAAAACAUGGAACUACCAAGACUCUGCCUAGAGCUGGCUGUCUGACCAAACUGAGUAACCAGGCAAGAAGGACCUUGGUUAAGGAGGUGACCAAGAACCCAAUGACCACUCUGACAGAACUACAGAGUCCCUUGGCUGAGAUGGGAGUACCUGCCAGAAGGACAACAGUCUCUACAGCACUUCACCAAUCUGGGAUUUAUGGGAGAGGGGCCAGACGGAAGCCACUCCUGAGAAAAAGGCACAUGACAGCACGCCUGGAGCAUGGUGGUGGCAGCAUCAUAAUAUGGGGAUGCUUUUCAGCGGCAGGGAGAAAAGUAAGAAUAGAGGGAACAAUGAAUGGAGCCAAGUACAGGCAAAUCCUUGAUGAGAACCUGCUUCAUAGUACAAACGAUCUUAGAUUGGGGUGAAGAUUUACGUUCCAACAGGACAAUGACCCCAAGCAUACAGCCAAAGCAACGCUGGAAUGGCUUCAGAACAAGAAUGGGAAAGUCAUUGAGUGGCCCAGCCAAAGCCUAGACUUGAAUCCCAUUGAAAAUCUGUGGAAAGACUUGAAUAUUGCUGUUUGCCGCUCCCUAUCUAACUUAACAGAGCUUGAGAAAAUCUGCAAGGAAGAAUGGGAGAAAAUCUCCAAAUCCAGAUGUGCAAAACUGAUAGACAUACCCAAGUCGACUUAAAGGGAAAUUCCCUACUAAUUGCCUAAUUAUUUUCCUCUACCUUUUUCAUUCAGAAAUGACGCUUUAAAGCUGUAAUCCCCGCCAAAGGUGCUUCUACAAAGUAUUGACUCAGGGGUGUGAAUACUUACAGUACCAGUCAAAAGUUUGGACACGCCUACUCAUUCAAGGGUUUUUCUUUCUUUUUACUAUUUUCUACAUUGUAGAAUAAUAGUGAAGACAUCAAAACUAUGAAAUAACCCAUAUGGAAUCAUGUAGUAACCAAAAAAGUGUUAAACAAAUCAAAAUAUAUUUUAUAUUUGAGAUUCUUCAAAGUAGCCACCCUUUGCCUUGAUGACAGCUUUGCUCACUUGGCAUUCUCUCAACCAGCUUCACCUGGAAUGAUUUUCCAACAGUCUUGAAGGAGUUCCCACAUAUGCUGAGCACUUGUUGGCUGCUUUCCCUUCAAUCUGCAGUCCAACUCAUCCCAAACCAUCUCAAAAGGACAGAUUUCUACCGGUCUAAUGUCCAUUGUUCGUGUUUCUUGGCCCAAGCAAGUUUCUUAUUAUUGGUGUCCUUUAGUAGUGGUUUCUUUGGAGUAAUUUGACCAUGAAGGCCUGAUUCACGCAGUCUCCUUUGAACAGUUGAUUUUGAGAUGUGUCUGUUUCUUGAACUCUGUGAAGCAUUUAUUUGGGCUGCAAUUUCUGAGGCUGGUAACUCUAAUGAACUUAUCCUCUGCAGCAGAGGUGACUCUGGGUCUUCCUCCAUGAGAGCCAAUUUCAUCAUAGCGCUUGACGGUUUUUGUGACUGCACUUGAAGAAUCUUUCAAAGUUAUUGAAAUGUUCCGUAUUGACUGACCUUCAUGUCUUUAAAGUAAUGAUGGACUGUCGUUUCUCUUUGCUUAUUUGAGCUGUUCUUGCCAUAAUAUGGACUUGGUAUUUUACCAAAUAGGGCUAUCUUCUAAUUUCACAAAUUAUCUUUUAACAAGGCACACCUGUUAAUUGAAAUGCAUUCCAGGUGACUACCUCAUGAAGCUGGUUGAGGGAAUGCCAAGAGUGUGCAAAGCUGUCAUCAAGGCAAAGGGUGGCUACUUUGAAGAAUCUAAAAUAUAUUUUUAUUUGUUUAACACUUUUUUGGUUACUACAUGAUUCCAUAUGUGGUAUUUCAUAGUUUUGAUGUCUUCACUAUUAUUCUACAAUGUAGAAAAUAGUAAAAAUAAAGAAAAACCCUGGAAUGAGUGUGUCUAAACUUUUGACUGGUACGGUAUGUAAAUUAGAUAUUUCUGUAUUUCAUUUUCAAGAAAUUUGCACACAUUUCUAAAAACAUAUUUUCACUGUCAUUAUGGGCUACUGUGUGUAGAUGGGUGAGAUUUUUUAUUUAUUUAAUCCAUUUUGGAUUCAGGCUGUAACACAACAAAAUGUGGAAUAAGUCAAGGGAUAUGAUUACUUUCUGAAGGCACUGUAUCUGUACUGUCUGGAUCCAGGAGGAGAUGACCAGUGCUCUGGCCACCAUGCGUGUGGACUAUGACCAGGUGAAGAUCAAAGAUCUGGACACGUCCAAUAACCCACUGCUCAACAAGCGACGCAAGAGACCUGCUGCUGGGGCAGCCGAGGGAGAGGAGGGAGGAGGGGGAGGUGGUGGGGGAUUAGGAGGGGGAGGUGGUGGGGGAUUAGGAGGAGGAGGCACAACUGUUUGCAACAGCCAGUGA